AUGCUGGUCCUCUAUGAAUUAGGUAAAGGCGGAUGUGGAAUAGUGUAUAAAGUCGAAGGAACUCGAGGCAAAAAUAAAGGUUUAUAUGCCGCGAUGAAAGCAGAAUUCGCUGAUGGGAAAUGUCACAAAUUACCUAAAACACUUGCCGCUGAGGCAUUUGUCUUAAGAAGAAUGCAGUGGUCGAAACAUUUUUGUCGCUUGCACUUGGCUGGACGUCGAUCACCAAACUGUAAUAUAGUCAUAAUGUCACUAGUUGGACGAUCACUUUCUUGGUUGCGUCGCCAAAAUCCUGGACAACGCUUCACUCUUUCUACUGCAAUACGAGUAGGAUUGCAAUGCCUUCAAGCUGUAGAAGAUUUACAUAGCACAGGUUUCCUCCACAGAGAUAUCAAGGCAUCGAAUUUUGCUAUAGGCCAUAAUCGGUGUCGAACAAUAUACCUCAUUGAUUUCGGGUUUGCUAGAUCAUAUCUAGAAAAAAUCAACGGAGAACUAAAACAUCGACCACCGAGGCUUGUCGCGCCAUAUUUAGGAACAAGGCGAUAUUGCUCGAUUAAUGCACAUAAACGAAUCGAUCAAGGUGCUCAUCAACAAUUUGGUGAAGAAUAUUUGCUAAGAAAUUGUCCUUACGAAUUUUAUAAAAUAUACGACCACACAAAUGCGCUGAAUCUCACAGAAAGACCCGAUUAUGAUAUGAUCAAAAAUAAAUUUUAUGAAAUUAUUGAAAGGAAGAAAUACCUACUGGAUGAUCCAUAUGAUUGGGAAGAAGGUGGAAGGUACGAUUAA